GAAACAGUGGGGUGGCGUCAUCGAUGGCUCAGUCUAUGGUUCAUCGGAACGGAAUCAGUUGUAACAAAACUGGCAUUGCUGUCCUCAUCAAAACCAAAUUCUCUGUUUUCAGGUCCCCCUCUUCCUCUCCCCUCUCUGCGCCUCAUGGUCCCACCACUACGGCUGGUCUCAGCAGCCAUCUGGCAAACGGUACAGCAGAGACAGGUGAUGGAUUAUGGGAUGCUGGAGGAGUUUGUUACCAUGGUCACAGAGAUGGUUCCAGAGCUUCUGAAUCACAGUCAGAGGGCCCAACUUAUUCUGGGUCUUCGAGCACGGGUGAGAGAGGGGGGUGGAGCUAGUGUUAAUCAAACCUUUGGAAAGAUGAGAUGAUCAUAUUUAAUAUUAUUGUACCCACUACGUCUCCUGACUGGUUUGCUCUGCUUUCAGCUGGUCCUGGAGUUGUGUUGCUCCAAGCCGAUCACAGACCUCCAGACCAUUCAGCCACACCUGGACAGGAUACAGACCCUCACACCUCUCUGGGGGACACAGGUGAGCUCCUUAGGGCAGAGACUCAGCUAAUGUUUAAAUCAGUCAGUCAUAGACAUAUUUCUGAUAUGACAAUGAUACAUUAUGGCAAAAACAUAUGCAGACUAAAUGACAAGCUAUCAUCUAGAUGUCCUGAUGAAGGCAACAUGUUUAUAUUCUGUUUUUCAGGCGACUGAUGCAGAUGUAGGAUUAUCUGAAUCAAACUUCCUGGGGCUGGUUCAAACCCUUCUGAAAGACCCAGAUGAGAGAGAACAUUUCUUCCAGGUCAGUGAGUAUGUGGGUAUGGAAUCGCCGUGGGUCAUUUCCACAUGACUGCUGUGUAUUUCAACAAUUUAAAUAAUAAUUUAUUCUGAGAUGUUUUCAUAGCUCAUAUUUCUUUACUCUGUUUUAGGAUGUUUUUCCUAUAGAAUUUGGUCCCAGUUAUGACGAAGCCAUCCAGAAACUAAUGUGGCAAUUUCUUUCGAGACUUGAGAAGCUACUUCCCGUAUCAAGUUUCCAACAGGUACUAGUAGAAAUAAACUAAAGUCAUAUAGAGGAACCAUGGACUUGACACUUAAGCAUUGUGGGAAUUCUACCUAUAUUCCUUCUAACUCUGUAUUCCUCAUUGUGUAAGGCUUCCUCGCUGCUCGGCGAUGUUCCCUCUGUUCUGGAGGAAUGUGUUGAGUCUGUGUCUCACCCUCAAGAGCUGAAAACCCUGCUUCAAUACCACAGAGACCUCGGCCAGCUGGACAACCAUGGUAGGCAUCUCUCACAGGACCCAUGCAUGAUGUUGGCCAAUCUUCUGUUGGGGACAGUGACAUUUAUUCUCUAUUCAACCAUUGUCUUUCAUUUAUCCUCUUCCUUUUAUAGAUACUCUGUCUUCCACCGAUGGGGACUGCAUUCUCUCAGCUCUCUGUCUCCCUCCUGUAGAAAGGGUGGUGAUUGCAACAGAACAGACAGAAUCAGAAACACAGGUUUCAUCCUUGAAUGUCUUCAUGGAUACAUUCACCAAAGAGUUGGAGGUGGACUCUGCAACACUGACAGAGUACACAGAGAUGGAACCGGGGACAAGUAUGGAUGUAGUAGAAAGAGAGGAGAGCGUGGAAUGUGAGAGAAAGGAAAAUGAAGAGGAGGAGGAGGAGGAGGAGGAUGCAGAGUUUGUUGACCCAGAGACUGAAGAGGUGGAACCAGUGUAUGAAACAGUGAUGGUUUUAGGGGAAGAUGGGAAGAUGAAGCCUUUAGUCAAAAAGAAUAAGCUCAAAAGGCACAAAAGAGAGAUAAUUGAUGCCAGUGGCAUGCCUCAUGGAAAGACACACAGAGAACCUAACCUUGCACAAAUGAAAAGCAUAGACCUGUCUGAUAGGAUCAUAUCGUCCAUGCUUCACAAGCCCUCAGUGGAGCUACAAAGGAUUAACACCACUAACCUGACAUUGCCCUUAAGACCAGUGAGAAGAAACAGGGGGCAUAAGAUGAAGACAUUGCUAGCACGAGAACGGAAACAAACCAAGACUGAAUUUUCAGAAGAGAAGCGCCGUGUCUGCAAAAGAGUUAAAACACCCCAAAACCCCAAUAUGUGCACAGUGUGUGGACGCGUCUUAUCCCGCUGUUCAGACAUGAAAAAGCACAUGCAGACCCAUAACAACGGUCGCACCUAUCAAUGUCGCAAUUGUCAGAAGACUUUCAAGCACUUGUACACUUUGCAAACUCACAGAAAGUCAUGUCUGUUUGGAACUGGGCAACAAGAGGAGGUUCCCUCUGGAGAGGGCAGUAGUGCUCCGGUUACUACGUGUGAGGCAGAAUUCGCACAAUCCUCCAUAGAUCGUAGAACGUGCAAGGUGUGCGGCAAGAUUGUGCAUCGCAUUGGAUACUUGAGUACCCACAUGAAGAUUCACUCAGAGAAUCGCCACUAUUCACUCGGAGAAGCGAAAACAGUCCAGAAACCGUCACCUGAGGGAGGGGACACAGAGCCGUCCAGUGGUCUUCCUCUUGAGGCAAAACCUGAGGACAGUGACUCGUCCUCCACCAGUACACCCCAGGACCCGUCUUACGACCCAGAACACAGCCAGACCAAAAGACCCAAGUGUUCCAGCACAGCAAAGAAGCCUAACCGAAAAACUUUCCAAAAACGUAUGUGCCUUAUUUGUGGUAAAUGCGUGACUGCUGGAGCCUUUGAGUAUCACAUGAGAACUCACUCAGGCGAGCGUCCUUUCUCCUGCCCUCAUCCUCAGUGUGGGAUGAAGUUUAUACACAGCGGAGGUUUGAGGGCCCAUCUCAGACGAUAUUGCAAGGUUCAGACAGUUGACGCUUCUGAGCUCGACAGCUUCGACAUACGUUUUGAGUGUGACAAAUGUGAGAAGACAUUCACGAUCCAAUCAAAACUGAGGAAACACAAACUUAUCCACGGCCCGCUCUACUGCGCAGGUUGCAGAAAGGUAUUGCCCGACUUAGAAACUUUAACCAGACACAAGCUCUGGCACAGGCCCGUUCAGUGCAGCAUGUGUGAGGAGAGCUUCAUGCUCACAAACCUUAGAACGCACUAUCUGGAUGUCCAUAAGUUCAGCGGGCCGUUCGUCUGCACCCACUGUCCGAAAAGCUACAAGAAGUUCCAUUCCCUCAUCAAACACGAGAUGGUUCACACCGGGAACCUCCCCUUACAGUGCUCCCAGUGUCCAAAGAGAUUCAUCUACAAUUACGACCUAGUCGAACACGAGAAAAGGCACUCUGACGACAGGCCUUGUCUUUGCUGGGAGUGUGGCAAGGCCUUUUAUACCAACAUUGACCUGAAACAACACAUGCAAAAUAGCCAUGGUGAAAAAUCCACAGAGUUUCGCUUUCCGUGCCGCCAUUGUGGGAAACCUUUCAGGCUUAGUAAUUCCCGUGCGAACCACGAGAAGACUCAGCACGGCGGGGUGCGUUACCCGUGUACGUACUGUGGUAAGCAGUUUGUUUGUGCAGAUUCGUUGAAAAGGCAUGAUCUGAUUCACACGGGGGAGAGGCCUUUUAAAUGCAAUCAUAAGAAUUGCGUUAAAGCUUUCAGGUCGAGAGCUGAACUGAAGAUACACAUGAGAUACCAUACUGGAGAACGGCCGUUCAAGUGCAAGGACUGUGGAAAGGGCUUUGUUCAAGCCAAUUUUCUCACUACGCACUACCGGACUCAUACAGGGGAGAAGCCGUAUUCAUGUUCCCUCUGUGACAAACGCUUUAACUACCAUGACUCCCUGAAGAGACACAUGUCUACACACUCAAACGAGAAGCCUUAUAAAUGCCUGGAUUGUGGAAAAGCUUUCGAACGUAAAACGCUGUUGAAUGUACAUCAACGAUCAUGUACAUCACAGUAUUGA